UUCCACAGUCUGGCUAAUGUCACGUUUAUUUGACCUGAUUUUCCACAGUCUGGCUAAUGUCUUUAACCCUUAAAGUUUAAUGUUUGUUAGCGAUAUAUUUAGUUUUGCUGAUGGGAAAUGAAACCACAGUGAAAAGGCACAGCUUGCGGCAGAUAGUACUCUGCCGCACUGAAAGGGGGCGUACGUGAAACUGGACUUUCCGUCAAGAGUGGACGCGAUUAACACCACACCGGAGCUAAAAGGUUUGCUUCAAACUGCGGGACAGAAGAUAACUCGCGCUUUUCAAACGGACUGGUACACCCGAAAAGACUGGCUAUGUGGCUGUCCUUCGAAAAAUCGCCUUUGCUGCUUUCCCUGCCUUUUCUUCUCAACUUGUGCCAAUGUCUGGACUAACACGAGAUAUUGUGACAUUAAAAAACUACCACGAAGCCUCAGCAAACACGAGAGCUCGACCAUUCACAUUCAAAGCCUGAUUGCUUUAAAAACUUUUGGAAGCUCAAGGAUCGAUUUGGCUUUGACGAACAGCGGAAGCUCAACGGUAGCAUCCAGAAUGCUAAGAACACCGACAUUGGCCCAAAAACUGUGUGGAUGCGAGCGGAGGAAGGAGGAGGCAGGCAGGCUGGAGGCUGGGCCAGCCAGCAGAAUGCUACGUGUCUUGGAGGCCCUUUAACACCCCCCUUUCCCCUCCCCGUCGCCUUUGGUGACCGGAGCCCCCCAAAAAGAAGAGUUCCGAACGACCGAGCUCAUACAUCCGCAGGCCCCGCGAGCCAAGCGCAGCAAGCCGGUGUCCAGCAGCCUCAUCGGCAGCGUCACCCUUGUCGGAAAUGUCCGGAGUGAAGAAGCCUCGCACGAACCUCAACAGGUCUACCAAUGUGGUCUACCAGGCCCAUCAUGUCAGUCGUAGCAAGCGGGGCCAGGUCGUCGGCACCAGGGGAGGCUUCAGAGGGUGCACAAUCUGGCUCACAGGUUUAUCCGGGGCAGGAAAAACGACUAUCAGCUUUGCCCUUGAAGAAUUCCUGGUGUCUCACGCCAUCCCUUGUUACUCGCUGGACGGCGACAACAUCCGUCACGGCCUGAACAAGAACUUGGGCUUCUCCGUCGUGGACCGCGAGGAGAACAUUCGCCGCGUUGCCGAGGUGGCCCGACUCUUUGCCGAUGCCGGAUUAGUUUGCGUCACCAGUUUUAUUUCCCCCUUUGCCAAGGAUCGUAACGAGGCGCGGAAAAUCCAUGUGAGCGCCGGGCUCCCCUUUUUCGAGGUGUUCAUCCACGCUCCCUUGGAGGUUUGUGAGAGGCGAGAUGUCAAAGGGCUCUACAAGAAAGCUCGAGCCGGCGAGAUCAAAGGCUUCACCGGGAUCGACUCCGAAUAUGAGCGCCCCGAGGCGGCGGAGCUGGUGCUGAAAACUGGAGAGCUGUCGGUGAACGAGUGCCUUCAACAAGUGCUGGAAAUGCUCCGAGAGCAGAACAUUGUGCCAGGUGAGAUCAUGGAAGAGGUGAACGAACUAUUCGUUCCAGAGAAUCGGCUGCAUCUGGCCGUGGCCGACGCUAGCACGCUGCCUACCAUCGCUAUCACCAAGUUGGACUUGCAGUGGGUUCAGAUUUUGUCUGAAGGUUGGGCCAGUCCUCUUAAAGGCUUCAUGAGAGAGCGGGAGUACCUCCAGGUUUUGCACUUUGGAAACCUUUUGGACGGUGGCGCAAUCAACAUGUCGGUCCCCAUCGUCCUGCCCGUCAGCACCGAGACCAAGCGAGAGUUGGACGGUUGCGCGGCAGUAGCGUUAGAAUACAGCGGCUCUCGGGUGGCCAUUUUGCGGAACCCAGAGUUCUACGAACACCGCAAGGAGGAGCGCUGUGCGAGACAGUGGGGGACCACGUGUCCGCAACACCCUUACAUCAAGAUGGUUCUGGAAGGUGGUGACUGGCUAGCCGGGGGUGACCUGGAGUUGCUGGAACCUAUCAAAUGGAAUGACGGACUGGACCAGUACCGCCUUACUCCGCGGGAGCUCAAGCAGAAGUUCAAAGACAUGAAAGCAGAUGCGGUUUUCGCAUUCCAGCUGCGCAACCCAGUCCACAACGGCCACGCCCUGCUGAUGCAGGACACCAAGAGGCGCCUUCUAGAGCGUGGCUACAAGAACCCGGUCCUCCUGCUGCACCCGCUGGGUGGUUGGACCAAAGAUGAUGAUGUGCCGCUGCACUGGCGCAUGAAGCAGCACGCGGCCGUCUUGGAUGAGGGUAUCCUUGACCCGGCCAGCACCGUGGUGGCCAUCUUUCCCUCGCCCAUGAUGUACGCUGGACCCACGGAGGUACAAUGGCACUGUAGGGCCCGCAUGAUAGCAGGGGCCAACUUCUACAUCGUGGGCCGGGACCCCGCAGGCAUGCCGCACCCGCAGACUAAGCUGGACCUUUACGAAGCCACGCACGGCGGCAAAGUGCUCGCCAUGGCGCCGGGCCUUACCUCAGUGGAGAUCAUCCCAUUCAGGGUGGCCGCCUACAACAAGUCCAAAAAGGCCAUGGACUUUUUCCAGCCGGAGCGCAAAUCCGACUUUGAGUUCAUCUCCGGAACCAAGAUGAGAAACUUGGCCCGCAGCGGCGAGAACCCACCGGACGGCUUCAUGGCCCCCAAAGCUUGGAAAGUUCUGGUGGAUUACUACAACUCCCUUCAAAAGGACAAGUAACCAUCACUGCGCAUCUCUACUACUGCGAGAUGACGACGGUUCCUCUCAGAUAGCGUGCAGAAUUUUUCGGGCCAGUUUUCUGUUGGGUGUCGGGGAAAUUUGACCAAAUCAAAAUGAUUUUUAACUAGUUAACAUUCCAUUUAAACUUGAUUAUCAUUCCAUUGUGCAAUUGCACGUAUUGCGUUCAUGUUCAAAUAUUUGAAAAGAGUCGAGUACAAACGGGAUUUUAAUCUACCUAAUAACGUGGAUGUUUUAUUUAUGUAUUUUUAUACAGAAGUGACAUAAGAAGCUAAUCUAUUUUUAACAUGGAGCACUAUAUUUCGCAUGUUAAUUUUAUCUGGUCGGCAUUGAAUGAUCAUGUUUCAGUGCCAAUGACAGAGAUAAAAGUCCAAUCCAUGUGGAGUUCCCAGUCCAAAUUUAUUGGACGUCUAUCGCCGUCAAUGGCGGCCAAUUAGUUUAACUGAACCAUCGCUACCUGAAGUGCCUAAAUUUUGUACUAGUGCUAAAGUUUUCUCAUGGAUAUACGGUCAGGUUGGGUUCACUGUGACAUUGGGCAUUCAAACGCAUGCGAUAUGAGAAGGAUGAAGAUGUGAAUGUACAAAAUGCAGUCAUAAAUAAAAAAUAUUUGUUAUUAUGAGUUAUUCUUCCCUAAACUAAUGUUACAUUUUAUCAAUUUUAACAUAUGUCAUAAAAUGGAGUGUUUGGUGUCUGUUAUUGUGGUAGUUGGGCUGUGUGCAAAAAAAAAAAAAAAAGAAAAAAGGUGCAUGUCGUCCUCUGCUGGCCAUUUUCUUCACUGUAAGAUUGAUGGUAGACAUAAUAUAGCAGUACAGUACUAUAGGCUUUCUGUGCACCACAACGAGAUUAAUCAAUUUAUCCCAUUCGAUUAAUCGUGAUUAUAAUGUGCAAUCAUUGUCAAGCUUGUAUAGAUUUUUUUUUUAAUUACAUGGCAAUUUAUCCUAGUGUUUUCGUUCAUUUUUGAGCAAAGGCA